AUGAGUAGCGACAGGAAGAGUCGACAUCAUCAUGGUUCCCGUCGAGAUCAUAGAUCUUCUCCUUCUUCAUCCUCAAGGAGGCACCAUUCUGGAUCACGCUCUAGAUCUAGAUCCAAGUCCAGAUCGCGUUCCUCACCACACCGUUCUAGGUCCGGCUCCAGCAAACACCGCAGUAGUCGAAGUAGUCGCAGCCAUCGUCAUGGGCAUCACGAUAAGGGCAAAAAGCGAUCACGUCGGUCCAGAUCUAGAUCACGAUCUCGCUCAAUCUCAACAGAUAGAUCGAGUGAUUCGGAUGAUUCUUCUAUUUCAGAUUCAGAAUCUGAUCGUGAUCGUAAGCGCAGGAAACAUGGUGGCAGUAGCGGCAGCAGUCGUCGAAAGAAAGAUCGCAAAGAUAAGAAAAAGAAGAAAGAUAAGAAAAAGAGCAAGAAGGAGAGAGGGAACAGCGCUUCUAAAGAGUUUGGAACCUAUGGCAUCUUGACGCCAGCAGAUAUGUGGAACAAGGAAAACGAAUUUCAAGCAUGGUUAAUGGAGGUCAAGCAUUUGAACCCGGAGACAAUCCCUCAAAACAAGAUGAAGGAGCAUUUUGUUGGUUUCAUGGAAGACUACAAUACUGUGACAAUGCCACACGAGAAAUUCUAUAACCUUGCAAAAUGGGAAGAACGUCAACGAGCGAUCCGGAUGGGAGAACCUUUGCCGGAAGAAAAGGCAGAGAAUGCAGGAGCCUUGAAUUUGAUGAAUGAUGAAGAGAUGUUGAGGAUGAGACAGCGUGAUAAACGAAAGAUGAACCUCUCGAGUCAACCGAAGAUCCUAAUGACCCAGAGUCAACUUCAAGAGCUGAGGAAGGUCUCGCAUGAACGUGUUGAAGCAGAUCGCUUAAGGAAGAUGGGACUGGAUGCAGGGCGGAGAGGCGUUCGAUAUGAGUAA